GUUUUAUAUACCCACAUUUAUAAACCUUUAUAAAUAUCGUAUCAAUCAUAAACAUUAUCUCUAUACAGAAGUUAACAAGUUAUAAUGGCGGAUACACACGAUCUUCCCCUAAAAGUACAUAACGAAAGCGUUACUGAUUCCAAUUUGGUGAUUUAUCCGUUUACCCGACUAGGAAACGAAACAUUUAUUUCGGGUCCCGCUAUCAAGGAACAUGGUAUAGAGAAGAACUUUAAAACCAUUCGGACCCUUAAAACAAAAGACACAGAUAUACUACUGUGUACUGCUAUGAAAUCAGGAACACACUGGUGCCAUGAGAUAUUAUCCAUGUUACUCUCUCAUACUACAGAAUAUAACACAAAAGGUGUUUUACAUCACAUGUUGUUAGACUUAGCAGCACACUUCUUCGAUAAACUAGACGAGAUGGAGGACCCUAGACUAUUCACAACGCAUUUACCAUUCCAUCAUCUACCAAUUCAUCACGUUAAAAAUGGAUACAAAAUUAUAUACCUCAAUAGAAAUCCGAAAGAUAGAUGGGUUUCUAAUUACACAUUUCUUCAUGGGAAGCUUGGAAUACCAGACUGGACAUGGAAUGAAUUUUUUGAUAAGAUGAUCCUUAAAGAUGACUUACAAGGAGGCUGGUUUAACUUUACAAAGGGAUUUGAAAAGGCGGCACAAGUUGAGACAUCAAAUAUAUUACCAGUUAAAUAUGAAGAUUUGAAACUACAUCCGUUCUCAACGAUUAAAACAAUGGCUGAGUUUAUAAAUAUCUCUUAUACUGACGACUUCAUCAGAGAGAUAAUAGAAAAGUGCAGUUUCUUGAAUAUUAAACAACACAAGUACGACUCCUCAAGAAUGAUCGACCCAAAUCAUGAAUCGACAUUAUUCCGAAAAGGUAUUAUAGGCGACUGGAAGAACUGGUUUACUGUAGCACAGAAUGAGAAAUUUGAUGAAAUGUACAGAGAUGAAAUGAAGGACUAUGAUGUUAACUUUAUAUAUGAACAAUAAUAAAAAUAAUAAAUUUUGUUUUAAUAAUA